ACGAGAGACUCAACAUUGUUCCAAUUUAAAAAUGUCUAAUAUUCUAAAGGCAUUAAUUUAGUUCAAGUAAUAUAUUAGAAAAAAAAAAAGGGAAGAAUGGAUGAGACGGAGUACAAAGCUGUGAUAGAAUGGCACUGCAAACAGUAUUUCUACAAUGGAAUGUUAUUCCAUGCAAAGCAAGCAUGCGAUGCACAUCCUACAAGUGACCAUUUAAAGUUACUACUCGCAGUAGCAUAUGCACUCGUAGGCCAGAGUCGUGAAUCGCUGAAAGAAACGUCAUUAUUGAGCAAUCAUGGAGAAACGACUUUAGCUGCUUUAUUGAUACAAAGUUACAUCCACAGAUUAUCUCCCAGUAUAGAUCGAUCAACUUUAGCACAAAUUGACACGAGAAUAAGAGAAGAUAGAAGAAAAGCAUCAGCCUUGGCUUUAUCACUUGCCGCUACAGUGCUAUUUCUCCUGAAGAGAGUGGAAAAGGCCAAAGAUUAUAUCGACAGAGUCUUCAAAUUAAAUCCUUCGAGUCAUGACGUUUUAUUAAUCAGAGGCUGGAUCGAGCUGUACCUUUCUAAAGCAACAAAUGUUGGAAAGGUCGCAAUUAAUUGCUUCGAAUCGAUAUUGAAAGAGAACAAGAAGCAUUUAAAUGCCCUGCUUGGUUGUGCCAAGUACAAGGAACACAUAGGCGAUCAUCCAGGAGCUAUAUCGAUUUUGAACUCCAUAAUUGUACACUACCCAAAUCUGUGUCUACCGUUGACGGAAAAGAUGAUAAACCUACUAGCCAUGAAAGAUUUUGAACAAGUUCUCGAAACCACUAAUCGAAUCUUACUGAUCGAUUCUAACAACCUCGACGCACUGAAAGCAAAGGCAUUCAUCAGUGUUUGUAAAGAUGGAGACUACGGGGAAGGUCUGAAGCAAGUGCAAUUAUUUCUCAGGAAUCUUAUCCUCUCCGAACCAAGAAACGCGGAUGUACUGAUCGGUAAUGUUCAACUAUUCUCUCGAAUAAGUGGUAGAGACAUGGGGAUCUUAGGAGAGCUCUCGAGAAUAGUUGAGAAAUCUCUGCAGCAAGUUCCUCAAAACAGUGACUUAAUGGUGGAACUCGGGAAUCAGUACGUAUUCCUGGGGAAGAUCAAAGAUGCCGAACACUGGUAUCGAAGUACUGUUCGAAUAGAUGAAUCUUCAAUCGCAGCGUUAAUGGGAUUAGCACACUGUCAGCUCAUGGACACGUCUCCUGGAGCCAUCGACUUAGCACGUCAGCAGAUAGAUUUCCUCGUGGAAAUACAAUCCAACGCCUUGAGUCCGCAAAUUUUGUUAAUGUCUGCCAAAUUGUGCAACAACGAUCCAACUCAAGCAGUAACUUAUCUUGACUCGUCGACUUCAAUUUUACUAGAUGCCUGUAAAGAUAUUCAAUAUGGAUACGAAUAUGUGAACGCAUUAAAUCCAGACUUUUGUUUGGAAAUAGUGAAGGAAUACUUGGCACAUUUGCCCAACAGUACUCUGUCGGAUGGGGAGGAAAUAGUGUCGAGUGAAUCCGAGAAGAAAUUAUGUUUACUUAUUUUAGAAAAAGUUACCGAUGCAUGUCCUGGUCUAAGCGAAGCACUGUUAAUGCUGGGAAAAGUAAGAAUGCUGCAGGGAGAUUUUGAGAGUGCCUUGACUGCAUUGAGGAAAUUAUUAGACUCGGUGGAUCCUGCCAAUGCCUCCGCACAUUUGUUGAUGGCUCAGAUUUUGGCAAGACAGGGUCGAUACCAACAGGCCUCGCAGAGUUUAGAAGUAGGAUUAAGUUACAACUUUAAAGUGAGAGACAAUCCGAUUUAUCACAUGAUCGUAGGUAUGGUGGAAAAAGAGAACGGUGACAUAAACGGUUGCAUUCGUACCUUUGAAACAGCGAUGUCCUUUGCGGGGCUAAAAUUAGGAGACACGACAGUCCCUAUAACAAGAAUAUCGGCCUCAGACAAGGCGACAUUGUAUUUAGAAUUAAUAUCUGCUUAUAGUAAACUGAAAAAGUUCAAAGAAGCUUCGGCAAUAGUGGAAGACGCAAAAGCGCAUCUGGCAGGCACCGUAGAAGAAGGUAGGUUGACGAUAGGAAAUGCAGAAUUGUGUUCAGAAAUGGGAGACCUCGACAAAGCUCUACAUCUCCUGGAGAACAUUUCACCUGCCGAACCGUAUUACCUUCAAGCCCACACGAAGCUUGCGGAGCUUCAUCUGAACCAGAGAAAGGAUCGCCAUGCAUUUGCAAAAUGCUUCAGAGAAUUGGUGGAACAUUGUCCGGGCCCAAAAACAUACAGCAUGUUGGGCGAUGCUUACAUCGCCAUACAAGAGCCCGACAGAGCCAUCGAAGCUUACGAACAAUCAUUAAGAAAGAAUCCAAAUGACAAAACAUUGGCAAGGAAAAUGGGAAAAGCAUUGGUGAAGACCCACCAGUAUGCAAAAGCCAUUGCGUACUAUAAAGAAGUGGUAAAGCAGGAGAACUGCGGAGACUUGAAGUUGGACAUGGCCGAAUUGUUCAUGAAGAUGAAACAAUUUGACAAGGCAGAAGCGACGCUUGUGCAGGAGCUGCAAGAUGGGCGUGCUGCGAGCGAUCUGCAGAGUUUGGAGACGCGAGGGAAGCAUUUGCUGCUGUUAGCUAAAGUUCGAGAAAGAGCUGGAAAUAUUCAAGCAGCUCUAACGACGUUGAAGGAAGCCAAGGAAAAUCAAAUAAGGAGUAUUCAGCGAUCAGUUAUGGUACCAAGUGCCUCGGGUCAGAAACAAGUCCUGGCACAAAUCUGCUUCAGCAUGGCGGCUCACGCUUCAACGUUAAGAGACUAUGAACAGGCGAUAAUUUAUUACAAGGAAGCUUUAAACCAUAAGCCUACGGACGUGAAGGCUUUGCUAUCACUGGCGAAGUUGUACAUGCAGAUCAAUGAUUUAGAUAAGUGCACUCAGAGUUGCACGGCUCUUUUGAAUGCGGAUCCUAAUAACGAGGCGGCUUCGGUGAUGAUGGCCGAUUUGGCAUUCAGGAAGGUCGACUUCGAAACCGCUGCUUUUCAUUUCCGCCAACUCCUUCUUCGACGACCUACGUACUGGACCGCGUUAGCAAGAUUGAUAGAAGUGUCGCGAAGAACUGGUAACAUGGACGACCUGCAAGAGGCUCUAAACCGAGCAGAAGCUGCGAUGGACAGCUCGAAGCAAGAAGCCGGGUUCUUCUACUGCGCGGGUUUGUUGGAUUGGCGAACCGGGAAGCUGAAUUCCGCUCUUCGACGUUUCAAUUCUGCUCGGCGCGAUCCAGAGUGGGGCCAGCAAGCGAUCUACAACAUGAUCGAGAUUUGCUUAGACCCCGACGACGAUUCCAUCCUCUCCAACGACGCGUUCCUUGAAGAGGAUGCAGAGUACCAAGACUCGAGGACGAUGGCCCUGAAGACUGCUCAACGAUUACUGCAAGAACUAAACCCCAAAGGUAAUCCCCAUGAGAUGUUGACUCACAGACUGCUGGGUAACUUCUUCCUUCUGGUCACGAAGCAGAAAUCCAACAUUGAGAGGGCUUUGCAAGAUUGCACGGCUUUGGCUAGUCAGGAAUCCUUGAGGGACCACGUCGGUCCAGCUCUUGGAUUGGCCAUGGCUCAUUUACUUUUGAAACAAACGCCACGAGCUAGGAAUCAUCUGAAACGGGUUAGCAAGAACGUCUGGACCUUCGAGGAUGCUGAAUAUCUGGAGCGAUGUUGGCUCCUGUUGGCGGACAUUUACGUGCAAUCUAGUAAAUACGACCUGGCGAAUGAAUUGUUGAGGCGAAUUCUUCAGCACAAUGCAACCUGCGUCAGGGCCCACGAGUUGUCAGGAUUCAUUGCGGAAAGGGAUCAGAACUAUCGAGAAGCCGCGGCGCGUUAUUCUCGGGCUUGGAAAUUCGGGGGCAAGGCGAAACCGUCCAUCGGCUAUAAAUUAGCUUAUUGUUUUUGGAAAAGUAAAGCUUAUGCGGAUGCUAUCGAAGCGUGUAACGAGGUCCUGCAGCAGAGUCCGGAUUAUCCUCGAAUUAGAAAGGAAAUAUUGGAGAAGGCCAUUAAUAAUCUUCGGACCUGAAGAGGUCUAACAUCCUUUCCAUGUAUUUACGUCCGUCCAUUUAAAACUGUCCCUGUAAAGUUGUAUUUAUUUUUUAAGGCAAUAAGAUCGAAACUAGUAACGAGGUGCCAUAAUAGAAUCUGGAUCACGAUCUCUCAUUUCUGUGAUAACGAACAUUUUUUACCAUCAAGUUCAGAAUGCUCUGCGGCGAAUUACUAAAAGUCAAGAAUAUUAAUG